AUGUCAGUCUGUGACAUUCAAGCAAUCAAGUCAAAAGAGAACCCCCCAUUAUCAAGAGAAAAACUGCACGUCCAAUGCCAUGGAUCAGCUGUGGACACGUCUGCUGAACAGAUCGGCUGCAGCCCAGAUAACGUGUCGGUUCUCGAGCAGAAGGCUUACUGGCAGAUUGCAAAACCAUUGGUCGCUGAACUGUGUAGUCAAUGGGCCCAAGACUAUGAACGAGCGGGUUGCACGGUGGGAGCAUUGCUCACGUAUCUCCGCAACAUGUACGAGGCCUUCCAGCCUCAUCGGGCUGUUUACCACGGAUCCACCAACCCGCUGGACUAUGUCUACGCCAUCAACAGUCAUCUCCGCGACGAUCAUCGUUCGGAACUGCGAACCCCUGCUUGGUGGCAACUCAGUACCGCAACAACCAGCGGUGACGUUAGUUUUGAGACACUGCCAGACGUGCCAAAUGAAGGUAGUCCCAAAGCAGCCACUGCGUACAAGGACCAGCAAGACGGAGUGGAGGAGUUACACCCGGCGGGCAGACCCCGGUCUAACGAGGAUGGGGUAACCGUGGACAGCGACACGGGUCCAUCCGAACACGAUGGUGCACAAAGCGACGCAUUCCUGGAAAGCCAUCCAAACAGUGAGAUCAACACCUCGCCGCAUCCCGCAGCGGACUUUGCUCGCAUAGUGCGAGACGGUAUGGCUCAAAAGUUGGGAUCACUGCCGCCACUAGUCGAUAUUACAACUGAUGAAGGAGAGAUAUCGCCCAGCUUGGGUACACCUGGUACCACCGGCAGCGCUGCGACGUACCAGGAUCCAUUGUUUGUGCCGCCCGAUGAUCAAGGCGUUAACACCCUACCUGCAACUCCGUGGAAUGACAACCAGAUAUUACCGGGUGCCGUAUCGCAUGCCAAGACAAUUGGGAAUUGGUCCUCAGAUGCAUUCCAGAUCCCAACUUUGUAUGAUCCCGACCUGUUCGUUGACGAUUGGGGUGUGCCUGACAACCUCGAUCAGGCUAUGACCGACACGUCCCCCCUCUCAGCGACGAGCAGGGUCAUUCCUGAUACAGACACCUACUUAACACCCGAUACAGAGAGUCCGACCAGCUGUACGCGCACCUACGAGAGCCUUUAUGGGAGGGCGAAUGAUGCCACAGAUCUACGAGAUACUCUUGCACAGCAAUGGCCAGAUACAGACCGUAUCAUACUCCAUGGCAGCAUCUUGACACACGCUGAUAUAGAACAAAUCCUGGACGAGCUGCAGAAUUAUCAGCAGCUAUCAAUUCCUACAGUUGACUUUCUGAGCGACCAUUUUUCAUACUAUCGACCCCCAUUACAAGUAUACAUUGCUGAUACGGCCUGGCCUGACCGUCUACAUCGCGGCGUUCUCCGCCUGAUACCGAUCCCACAGAUUAUAUUACUGCCCACCUAUGUACAUGGACGCUGGUCAUUGAUUGAAAUUCAAGCCUGCUCUGGAGCUGUGAUUCACUACUCCUUUACCUCAAUCGAGCCCGGCCUCCACGAGAUGUGUGAUCCUUGUUAUCCUGUCUAUCCUGCUUGUACCUCUUGCCGAGACGCUAUAGAGGCACUAUCUCAACAUCUGCGGGAUGUGGGUGAACUGUCCCCAGAGUGGAAAUUUUAUAAUCGAGCGAUUGCCACCACGAACGGAGAUGAGGGAACAUGCCUGCUUUGGGCAAUAAAGCAGCGUGUCAACGACCAGUCCGUCCAAGAGGAACUGCCAGAGGAUUUCCGGGGGAGCCUCAACCGUGAAAUCGUAGCGCGGGCACUCCACGCCGCAAGCGAGUCUCGAUUAUCGUUACCCUCAGCACUGUCGUCCUCCCGCAAACACACCAACGUCUUACCGGAGAAGACGCAGCAACGCUGGUCUGCUGUCACAAGUCAAUGGGACACUCCCAAUGAUAUCACUCGUAUAAGGGAACGAAUAGCCCAGAUGCCUCUAAAUACCACAGUGCGCAUCGGUAGCAAGCAGGCUGACCGGCUACUGCAGUUGGCGUUUACUAUCGCAUCGCCGCCUGUUCUAGUAGAACUACGGCGUCAGUUACUCCAUCUGCGCCAGAAGCAGACAGCAGCUAACAGCAGCUUCCAGCGUACCCCAGCUGGUGUAUUCAAGGCCGGUAUCUGGCACAAGGACAAUAAGUACACAUCCCGCAUUGGCCUAGCGCUAACCUGCUGGUAUGUCCACAACCACCGCCAGCAACGGCACCGGGAGGGCUAUCCGGAUCCGACCGCUCAGACUGUAGUAGAUAUCUGUCGCCAGCUCCCCGAGUCGACCCAUGAUUGCCACCAGGUCGAGGAGAGGGUAAAGGCUUGGUACAAGCGUGCAUGGCCUUGGAACCAGCUGGUACGUAUUGCCAGCUCGCCCAAUGUGCUCUGCUUUCUACCCCAAGGUGUAUCCUUUGCAGGAAAGGGUACACUCUCUAUGACCGACUACCGGACCCUUAAAAAAGCCCAUUUUGAGGCCUUUGAGGUAAUAUUUAAGGAGUACAGGCCCCGGCUGCUACAGUUUAUACCAUCUAAUUUCUUUGAGGUCUUCCUCUACAACCGUCUCCCAGCGGGCCAGUACAGAAUUGAGCAGUGGACAGAAAAGGAUAUCCUGGCAGAACCGCUGGGUUCGGAGAAAUUCGAUCGAGCCUUUGAUUUGCUCGUUGAAUAA